AUGGAAACUGGAAAAGAGGGUGAAAUUCAGGACAUGCCAUUGUCACCUCCAACAAUGGGGUCUAUGCAGAUUGCAGGAAGCAAUGGUUUUGGUCAUAACAUAGAGUUCAUGUCCCAGGCUUACCUUAGAAACAGGUACUCAGGGAUCGACAUAGAGGACUACACUGUGUAUGCUAAUAAAGAUCACCCUCUCCCAAUCUUUCUUAAGUUUGAGGAUGUGGAGUAUAAGGUUAAAAACAGGCAAGCCGCCUGCAUCAACCCAGUGAAGGCAGUGGUGUCAAAGGUAGCCUCACAACUGAACUUGGAGCAAGAUAAAUACAAGGAGAUCCUGAAGGGUAUAACAGGCAGCACUGGUCCUGGUGAAGUCCUUGCUCUGAUGGGUCCUUCUGGUAGUGGCAAGACAACCUUGUUAAAGAUAAUAGGAGGAAGAUUGACAGAUAAUGUUAAAGGAAGUAUAACAUACAAUGACAUUCCUUACAAUCCGGCUCUUAAGCGAAGGAUUGGAUUUGUGACACAGGAUGACAUAUUGCUCCCUCAACUAACAGUGGAAGAAACCUUAGUUUUUUCUGCAUUUCUGAGACUUCCUAGUGACAUGAGCCUGCAACAGAAGUAUGCAAAAGUAGAGAUGAUUAUGAAGGAGCUAGGUCUUGAAAGAUGUCGUCACACAAGAAUUGGGGGAGGAUUGGUCAAAGGAAUAUCAGGAGGAGAAAGAAAAAGAACUAGUAUUGGCUAUGAAAUUCUUGUUGAUCCUUCAUUGUUGUUGCUUGAUGAACCAACCUCAGGUCUUGAUUCCACCUCAGCCAAUAAACUUCUUCAAAUUCUUCAAGGAGUUGCUAAGGCAGGCAGAACUGUUAUCACAACAAUUCACCAGCCAUCUAGCAGAAUGUUUCACAUGUUUGACAAACUGCUGUUGAUAUCAGAAGGCUACCCUGUUUACUGUGGGAAGGCAAGAGAGUCUAUGGAGUAUUUUUCGACUUUGAGAUUCAUCCCUGAAAUAGCAAUGAAUCCCGCGGAGUUCUUGCUCGAUUUAGCAACUGGCCAAGUGAAUGACAUAACUCUCCCUGAAGAUUUGGUGGCAUCUCAAGGAACCGCUGAUUCUGACGGGGCUGUAAUCAAAUAUCUUCAACUCAAAUACAAAACUCUUUUGGAGCCAAAAGAAAAGGAAGAGAAUCAUCAAUGUACCAAGGCACCAGAGCAUCUUAGACUGGCUGUUCAAGUUAAGAAAGACUGGACAAUGACCUGGUGGGAACAGUUCAUGAUAAUAUCUAAAAGAACCUUUCGAGAGAGGCGGAGGGAUUACUUUGAUAAGCUAAGACUAGUACAAUCGGUAGGAGUUGCAGUCUUGCUAGGCCUUCUUUGGUGGAAAUCCAGUGCUGCAACCGAGGCUCAGCUGAGGGAUCAAGUUGGUCUGCUGUUCUACAUCUGCAUUUUCUGGACAUCUUCAUCACUAUUUGGAGCAGUAUAUGUUUUUCCUUUCGAAAAGGUCUAUUUGGUGAAAGAAAGGAAAGCAGACAUGUACAGAUUAAGUGUAUACUAUGUAUGCAGCACUCUUUGUGACAUGGUGGCACAUGUUUUCUAUCCUACAUUUUUUAUGUUGAUUUUGUACUUCAUGGCUGGCUUUAAGAGAACCGUCCCUUGCUUCUUCCUGACAUUGUUUACCAUCUUGUUGAUAGCUGUUAUAAGCCAAGGGGCAGGAGAGCUAUUUGGAGCUGCAGUUUUGAGUAUUAAAAGGGCUGGGAUGAUUGCCUCUUUAAUAUUGAUGUUGUUUCUUCUCACGGGAGGUUACUACGUUCAGCACAUACCAAAAUUUAUGCAGUGGAUGAAGUACUUAUCCUUUAUGUACUAUGGCUUUAGGCUUCUGUUGAAAGUGCAAUACUCUGGAGACCAGUUAUAUGAAUGUCAAAGCAAAGGUGGCUGCCGGACUCUGCAGAAUUCACCUUCAUUUGACACAGUUAACCUUGAUGGUGGCUUGCAAGAAGUAUGGGUUUUACUUGCCAUGGCACUCGGCUACCGCCUGUGUGCUUACUUUUGCCUGCACAAGAGAAUAAAUGGGUGUCAUCUUUGA